UAAACAAUUCACAAAAGAACUGAUGAAAGAAAUUGUGAAGGGAAGGCAUGUUGAGUUAUUUAGACUAAUGAAUGGAUACAACACAAUCCCAAAUUUGAGGUACGAUAUUCAGAGGAACUGCGACCUGAUGGCGGCAGUAGUAGAAUGGUCCCCAGGAUACGUACCAGCAGAUGUUUCUGGAGCAGCUUUUCUUAUGCAAAGGGAACUUCAAUGGUUUGAGGUGCUGGAAGAUAAGAGUCCUCCUUUGAUAAAAAGUCUAAAAUUUGAGGUAAAAGAAGAUAAGAGCAGUCCUUCUAAAAGUCUGGAAUUGAAAGAAACAAAACAAAGGAGCGGGAAGACAUACUGGGGAGUUUUUGUAGAACAGCGAAAAGAUUUGGUCAAAGAGGCGGGGCAAUGGAUGAAGGAUACGUCAUCAUCUUGUAGCGUCAUAUCAACCCUCAUCUUUACAGUAGCUUUUGCUGCAGCUUUUACAGUACCUGGAAGCAACGAUAGGGGUAACCCGGUCUUUCAAAAAGGGGACUCAUUCUUGUGGAUUUACAUCCCCAUUACUUUGUUGGUGGUCAUCCCUGUCAUAUUGUCUGCAAUACUAAAGCUUCCCUUGUAUGUUGAAAUGGUUGAAUCCACCUAUUGGCCUCGCCUCUUCCGUCCUGUGAAGAUUUGGAAUUGA